AUGGGUUCAACUGUUGAGACCCAGAUGACCCCAACCCAAGUAUCAGAUGAAGAAGCCAACCUGUUUGCCAUGCAGUUAGCCAGCGCCUCUGUUCUGCCCAUGGUGCUUAAGGCAGCCAUAGAGCUUGACCUCUUGGAGAUCAUGGCUAAAGCUGGACCUGGUGUUUUCCUUUCCCCCGCAGACAUAGCUUCUCAGCUCCCAACCAAGAACCCAGAUGCACCUGUCAUGCUUGACCGCAUGUUGCGCCUCCUGGCCAGCUACUCUAUUCUCACCUACUCUCUGCGCACCCUGGCUGAUGGUAAAGUUGAGAGGCUCUAUGGUCUUGGCCCUGUCUGCAAGUUCUUGACCAAGAAUGAAGAUGGUGUCUCUAUUGCCCCUCUCUGUCUCAUGAAUCAGGACAAGGUCCUUGUUGAGAGCUGGUAUCACUUGAAAGACGCAGUUCUUGAAGGUGGCAUUCCAUUCAACAAGGCCUAUGGCAUGACUGCUUUUGAAUAUCAUGGCACUGACCCCAGAUUCAACAAGGUCUUCAACAGGGGAAUGGCUGACCACUCUACCAUCACCAUGAAGAAAAUCCUCGAGACAUACAAAGGGUUUGAGGGCCUCACAUCAGUCGUGGAUGUCGGUGGCGGGACGGGGGCCGUCCUUAACAUGAUCGUCUCCAAGUACCCCUCGAUCAAGGGCAUUAACUUCGACUUGCCUCAUGUCAUUGAAGAUGCUCCUCAAUAUCCUGGUGUGGAGCAUGUUGGGGGAGACAUGUUUGUAAGUGUUCCAAGAGGAGAUGCAAUUUUCAUGAAGUGGAUAUGUCAUGAUUGGAGUGAUGAGCAUUGCUUGAAAUUUUUGAAGAACUGCUAUGCUGCACUUCCAGACAACGGGAAGGUGAUUCUUGGUGAGUGCAUUCUUCCUGUAGCCCCAGACAGUAGCCUUGCAACUAAGGGAGUUGUUCAUAUCGAUGUGAUCAUGUUGGCUCACAACCCUGGGGGAAAAGAGAGGACAGAGCAGGAAUUUCAGGCCUUGGCCAAGGGAGCUGGAUUCCAAGGCUUUAAUGUCGCGUGCUCUGCCUUCAACACCUAUGUCAUAGAAUUCCUUAAGAAGAAUUGA